AUGACGACUUCUCGCCGGAAUUUGAUUGCUUCGCUCCCUCUCCUUCUCCUAUGCCUCUUCGCAUCUCCGUCUCGUGCGAUUGACGAUUUCCACCAGGCGUUUCCCAUAGUUGAACCUGAUCCAGGACAUACAAAACUUCGUCUUUCACGUGAAGGCUUGGAAGCUAUCAGAAGAAUUGAAAACCCAAUUGCUGCUGUUGCUGUUAUUGGUCCAUAUCGCUCUGGAAAAUCAUUUUUGCUUAAUCAGCUUCUUUCCCUUUCUUGUGAUGAAGGAUUUGGUGUUGGACAUAUGCGUGAUACCAAAACAAAAGGAAUUUGGGUAUGGGGAACCCCCGUAGAGUUAGACAUCAAUGGAGUAAAAACAUCUGUCUUUUACCUAGAUACUGAAGGUUUUGAAAGUGUUGGCAAGUCAAACGUCUAUGAUGAUAGGAUAUUUGCUCUUGCAACAGUCUUGAGUUCCGUGCUUAUUUAUAAUCUUCCAGAAACGAUCCGCGAGGCUGAUAUUUCUCGCCUGUCGUUUGCUGUUGAACUUGCUGAAGAAUUCUAUGGAAGGUUUGCACUUUUCUACUCACAUGGUGAAGCAGGUGAAGAUGUUGCCUUUGAACCUUCGAAACUUCUUUGGCUUAUCCAACGAGAUUUUCUUCAGGGGAAAUCAGUGCAGGAGAUGGUGAAUGAAGCCCUUCGACGUGUGCCCAAUCAAGAUGGAGACAGAAAUAUUGAUCAGGUUAAUCAGAUCCGAGAAUCAUUGGCUAUAAUGGGCGACAACAGCACAGCUUUUAGCUUGCCACAACCUCACCUCCACCGGACAAAGCUUUGUGAAAUGAAAGACGGUGAGCUUGAGCAAUUGUAUGUCUCAAGAAGGGAAAAAUUGAAAGAUCUUGUUUCCAGUAUCAUUCGUCCAAAGAUUGUGCAGGGUAAAUCCAUGAACGGGGAGGAGUUUGUAGCAUUCCUUGAGCAGAUUCUUGAAGCCUUGAAUAAAGGAGAAAUACCAUCAACUGGAUCUCUUGUGGAGGUUUUCAACAAGGCUAUCCUCGAGAGAUGUUUGAAAAUAUACAGUGAAGGCAUGACUAAAUUAAAUCUACCACUGACAGAGGAAUCUGUGCAAGAUGCCCAUGGAAGGUCAAGGGAAACAGCGAUGAAAGUAUUUGAUGAACAACAUUUUGGCCGUCAUCAUGCAAAGAGAUCUGUCAUGCAACUGGAUGAAGAAAUUGAUAAGGUUUUCAAGCACAUCAUUAUGGCAAAUGAGUAUCAAUCUGCAAAACUCUGCGAGGCGCUAUACUCUAGGUGCGAGGACAAAAUGGACCAGCUUCAAGUCCUAAGACUUCCUUCCAUGGCAAAAUUCAAUGCUGGGUUCUUGCAAUGCAACCGGAGUUUUGAGCAGGAGUGUGUCGGGCCUUCAAAAGCAGUAUACGAGAACCGCAUGAUGAAGAUGAUGGGGAAAUCGAAAUCCCAAUUUAUAAAGGAAUACAACCACAGGCUGUUCAACUGGUUGGUGACUUUCUCCCUUGUGAUGGUGGUAUUAGGCCGUUUCAUUAUAAAGUUCAUUUUGAUCGAGAUCAGCGCGUGGAUACUCUUCAUCUUCCUAGAGACAUACACUAGAAUGUUUUGGUCAGCUGAGUCGCUUUAUUACAACCCGGUCUGGCAUUUCAUAGUAGCAACCUGGGAGACAGUCGUUUACAGCCCUGUCCUUGAUUUAGAUAGAUGGGCGAUACCCGUGGUUUUGAUAGUUGCGAUUCUGCUGCUAUAUUGGCGGUGUUAUGGCCGAAGGAAACAUGGGUCAAGAUGGCUAUUGCCAGUAUACAACACCACGAAAAACGGCACCAACAGAUCAAGAACAGACUGA